UUUGGGAAAUAACAAACUAUUGCAUAAAGAAUACAUGGUAAAUAAUGAGAUCCCGAACCACCAUCACAGAGUAAUAAAAUCACAUGUACCACGAACCGGUGGUCUACAUCCAGGUCACGCCCUCCUCAAACCUUUAGGCAGAAUGCUGGAGUCUGCCGCGAACUACCCCAAAGAUAAUCUUGAUCAUUUGGUGUAUGGAAACCCAAAGAACUUUGGUAUUACCUAUAACAAAACACGUGAUAGAAUAAGGUAUACGGGGUUCAGAAGAACGAACGAUGACAAUAUGGUAGAAAAUGUUGUUUUAGACGCGAUUUUGAAAUUAAAAGAUUAUCAAAAGCUGAGAGGACAGAAAAGAUUUUAAUUGGAUUAGAACCAAGAAGUAAGAAACAAAUCAAGGAAGUCACAUCAAAUGAAGCUGUCGAGGUAAGAACAGUGCAAUCUUCUUAAUAAUAAAGAAUGGCAGCACGUUUUAUUCUGGGAUGUAAAAUAUGUACCUAGAAUUUUGACUUGAACUAUGUAUAAUUGUUUUGUACCUUUGUAUGUUUGUAACUAUUUAUAGGUCUAACCGCUGGACUUAUUUUGAUGAAUAAAAAAAAAAUGUGUAUAAGAUCUAUCAAUAGAAUUUUUAAGUUGGCGGGCUAACGAAAUCGGUCAAGUCUUUUUUGAAAUAUUCACAAUUAUUAUCAAUAAAAGUGUUCGCGUAGUUUUG